AUGGACAAGAUGACAUUGACUGGUGACUUGCUUCGUAAUCAUCUCAAAGAAAAAGAUUCAAUUGUCGUCAUUGAUCACGAUCAAUCUGUUCAAUCAGAAUUUGACAAUGUUAUAAAUCUUCAAUUUAAUGAUUUAAAUAAUAAACAUCAAUUUGUUGAAAUUUAA